AUGGAGGCUAAGGGUCCCUGGGGCUGCCAACCCCUUCGACCCCUUCAUGUUGGCCCAAAAAGUAAAAACAAACCUCGGAAAACUGAGGAUGAGUCCUCUGACUCGUCCUCCCCACAUGCCCACGACCACGCAGCGUAUAGAUGCACCCGUUGCGACAGAGUAUUCGACACGAAGACAGGGCUUGGUGUACACACCAAAAGGGCUCACCCUUCCAAACACGACCAGGCAAAAAACCGCACAGUCAAGAAGGCAAGAUGGAACAGUGAGGAAGUGGCCCUUGUUGCAAGGAAGGAGGCGCAACUGAUUUCAGAGGGUAAAGCUCGCUUUUACAACCUGGCUCUCUUUAAGGCCUUCCCGCAUAGGACGCAGGAAGCCAUUAAGAAGAUCAGACAGCAAGAGGCCUACCGAGACGCUAUCCAAGUUUACCUGAAAGACAUUCAAAAGACAUCGAAAGGAAAACCGACGACUGAUAAGAAGGACAAAUCACAAGAACCCUUUGUCCCAGACGACCAAGUAGCGGGGCCAUCUGACGUAACUAUAGCCAAAAACGCCAGAUGGACACCCAGCGAAAUCACUAGACUGGUGAACGAAGAAGCGCGUCUCGUUUACGAAGGCGAGACAAGGAUUAUAAACCAAGCGCUCUUCGCCUUCUACAAAGCCAGGACACUUGAGUCGAUAAAAAACAUACAUACACGAGCUGAGUAUAAGAGACAGGUCGUAGCAAGACUAGGCAAGCUUAGGCAAUCCUCGCCCGCAAAAGUCCAUAACGAACCACCAUCCUCCCCCUCUUCCUCUUCGCAUGCUGAGAGCUCUGCUGCUCUGCCGAAUCUAGCUCUAGCGAAGCGCCGAACACCCCGGCUGGCUCCCCAUCCCCACCAUCCUCUGAAAAUGAGGCUGAUGCCAAGGCUGUUAAUAACACCCAUGAAAUUAUCAGAUACCUGA